UCUGUGUUUACUUGCAUCGUGUCUAUAUUAUAUAUAUCUAUGGUCUUAACCUUAUGAAUAAUCUCAAUCCGCUGAAUUGCGGUGCCGUUUUCAGGUUUCUUUCUGCUAAUACUAAUCGACAAAUUGUUAUAUUAAUCGUCUACGAUGGUGCGAAAAUUAAAAUAUCAUGAGCAAAAGUUGCUGAAGAAGGUGGACUUUUUAUCGUGGUCGGCCGACAAUAAUCUUCACGAGGUUAAGAUCUUAAAGCGAUAUUGUAUUCAGAAAAGAUCAGACUAUACAGUAUAUAACAAAUUGUCACGCGAGAUACGGGAAUUGGGUAAAAAAUUAAGGAUCGAACCAGACCAUCCUUUCCGCAUAGAACAGAGUGCUCUGUUGUUGGAGAAGCUGUACAUGAUGGGUUUGAUCUCUACCAAGUGGGACCUGUCUCAAACACAAAAAGUAACCGCCAGUUGCUUCUGUAGACGAAGACUUCCAGUUGUUAUGGUACGCAACAAAAUGAGUCAAACGAUAUCAAUGGCAACAAAGCUGAUAGAACAGGGUCAUGUCAGAGUUGGGGUUGAAGUUAUAAAGGAUCCUGCAUUUCUGGUAACAAGAAAUUUGGAAGACUUUGUCACCUGGGUAGAUACCUCUGCUAUUAGAAAACAUGUACUAGAAUACAACAAUGCGAGGGACGAUUUUGAUUUGGCAUAAAUAUGUAUGUUGAUUGAACGUGUGCUUGUAAAACUAUAUUUUUAUAAAGAAAAAUGAAUUGUUUAUUAGAUUAUUUAUAUCGUGAAUAUCUAGAAUCUAGAAUUAAAUUUUUCAACAAAG